GCUGGUUUUGCUUAGCUAAGAAUUUCCGAAGUUGCUAAAGGAAAAUGGCCUCUACAUCGACAUUGAAGCGUACCGACUCCAUAGCUGACAACAUGCCGAAUGCCUUGAAGCAGAGCCAGUACUACAUGAAAAGGUGCUUUGGUACGUACAUCGAGAAGGGCGCAAGGAUAAUGAAGCUAAAAGAAUUAAGGGAUGAAAUGGAGAAGGUGAUAGAUGACAAGAGUGAGAGAGACCAGGUCUUGGAGGGAUUCUUGGGCAGUAUGUUUUCUGCAGUUCAGGAAGCGGUUGUUAUUCCCCCUCAUGUCACCUUUGCUGUAAGACCAACUCCUGGCUAUUGGGAAUUUGUAAAGGUCAACUCCCUUGACCUCUCGGACGUCAAACAAGUCACCUCCACAGACUAUUUGAAACUCAAAGAGAUGAUAACCGAUGCUAGUUGGUCAAAAGAUGAAAAUGCCUUGGAGGUGGAUUUUGGAGCGUUUGACUUUUCAAUGCCUAAAUUAACAAUGUCUUCUUCCAUUGGAAAUGGACUCAAUUUUGUUUCAAAGUUCGUAACUGCCAAGCUAAGUGGGCGUGUAGAAAAUGCACAACCCCUUGUAGAUUACUUGCUCUCACUCGAAUAUCAAGGAGAGAAACUUAUGAUAAAUGAGACACUUAACACAGCAGCAAAGCUUCAGAUGGCUCUUAUAGUAGCCGAAGUUUCCCUCUCAGAUCUCCCCAGGGACACCCCAUACCAAAAUCUGGAGCUAAGGUUCAGGGAAUGGGGCUUUGAAAGAGGAUGGGGUGAUACUGCCGAAAGAGUGCAAGAGACGAUGAGAUCACUCUCAGAAGUGCUCCAAGCCCCAGAUCCCCAGAACUUGGAGAAGUUUUUUAGCAAACUUCCGAUAGUAUUCAAGGUUGUAGUAUUCUCUCCUCAUGGCUAUUUUGGCCAGUCAGAUGUCCUUGGCUUGCCAGACACUGGUGGGCAGGUUGUUUACAUUUUAGAUCAAGUGAAGGCCAUGGAGGAGGAAUUGCUCCACCGAAUCAAAUGCCAAGGGCUCAACAUAAAGCCUCAAAUACUCGUGGUCACACGACUAAUACCUGAUGCCCGAGGAACCAAGUGCAACCAGGAGUGGGAACCAAUCAUUGGCACCAAAUACAGUCAUAUCCUGCGGGUGCCCUUCAGGACAGAUAGUGGAGUCCUACGCCGAUGGGUUUCACGUUUUGACAUUUAUCCCUAUCUGGAGAGGUUUGCGCAGGAUGUUACAUCCAAGAUCCAAGAAGCAAUGGAGGGAAAACCAGAUCUUAUAAUUGGAAACUACACUGAUGGGAAUUUAGUAGCAUCUCUAAUAGCUAGCAAACUUGGGAUAACCCAGGCAACUAUUGCGCAUGCUUUAGAGAAGACUAAGUAUGAAGACUCAGACAUCAAGUGGAAGGAACUUGAUCCAAAGUAUCAUUUUUCAUGCCAAUUCAUAGCUGAUACCAUUGCGAUGAAUGCAACAGAUUUCAUUAUAACAAGCACAUACCAGGAGAUUGCAGGAAGCAAAGACAGACCCGGCCAGUAUGAGAGCCAUGCUGCAUUUACACUCCCAGGGCUCUGCAGAGUCGUUUCAGGCAUCAACGUUUAUGACCCCAAAUUCAACAUCGCUGCUCCUGGGGCUGACCAAUCCGUAUACUUCCCAUACACAGAGACAGAAAAACGAUUCAGACAAUUUCAUCCUGUCAUUGAAGAACUCCUUUACAGUAAAGCGGAUAAUGAUGAACACAUUGGUUAUCUAGCUGACAGGAAGAAACCUAUUAUCUUCUCAAUGGCAAGACUUGACACAGUGAAGAACUUGACUGGAUUAACUGAAUGGUAUGGGAAAAACAAGAGGCUGCGAAGCUUGGUCAACCUUGUUAUAGUAGGGGGCUUCUUUGAUCCAUCUAAAUCAAAAGAUAGGGAAGAAGUGGCUGAAAUAAACAAGAUGCAUGCAGUAAUAGAGAAUUACCAACUCAAGGGCCAGAUCAGAUGGAUAGCGGCCCAGAGUGAUAGGAAUAGAAAUGGUGAACUCUACCGCUGCAUUGCUGAUACAAAGGGAGCUUUUGUUCAGCCUGCUUUGUAUGAAGCAUUUGGACUUACAGUCAUUGAGGCAAUGAACUGUGGUUUGCCCACCUUUGCAACCAAUCAAGGAGGCCCAGCAGAAAUAAUUGUGGACGGAGUUUCUGGUUUCCACAUUAAUCCUACCAAUGGGGAUGAGUCAAGCAACAAAAUUGCUGAUUUCUUUGAGAAAUGCAAGGCGAAUCCGGGACACUGGAAUCAGUUUUCAGCAGAUGGCUUGAAACGUAUAAAUGAAUGCUACACCUGGAAAAUUUAUGCAAACAAGGUAUUGAAUAUGGGGUGCAUCUAUAGCUUCUGGAAACAACUGAAUAAGGAUCAGAAACAAGCAAAACAGAGAUACAUUCAAGCAUUUUAUAGUCUCCAAUUCAGGAAUCUGGUAAGGAAUGUACCAAUUGCAAGUGAUGGAACUCAACAACCAGAGUCAAAGCCAGCAGGCAAACCACAGUCCACACAGAGCACCAGACGCUCUCAGUCACGGCUUCAAAGGUUGUUUGGAGCUUAAGAUUCCGACGGGGCAACAGUGAUGCUUCUUGUGCCACCUGAUUCAUGUUAUUUGUUUAAUUCAUCCAUUUAAUGCUGACAUUAUUAAUCCUGUAAUAAUUCUUUUAAACUAAAGUACUGCUUAAAUAAGUCUGA